UCCCCGCCGGAGCGGAGCGGAGCCGAGCCGGAACCGGGAGCGGAGCCCGAGCGGGGCCGCCCGCCAUGGACCACAAGCCCCUGCUGCAGGAGCGGCCCCCCGCCUACAACCUAGAGGCCGGCCCGGGCGACUAUGCGUGCGGCCCGCACGGCUACGGGGCCAUCCCCGCCGCGCCGCCGCCGCCGCCCUACCCCUACCUCGUCGCAGGGCUGCCCACCCACCACCCCAGGGUCUACAGCAUCCAUAGUCGAGAUGUCACCCGGUACCCCGCCAACUCCAUCGUGGUGGUCGGAGGCUGCCCAGUCUGCAGAGUCGGGGUUUUGGAGGACUCCUUCACCUUCCUGGGCAUCUUCUUGGCCAUCAUCUUGUUUCCCUUCGGGUUUAUCUGCUGUUUCGCCUUGAGGAAGCGAAGAUGCCCCAACUGUGGAGCAACCUUUUCCUAAAGGGAACACACCAGGCUUUCCUACACCGUUAUCUUUUCUAAUGUAAAUGUUGUGUACAAUAGCUUUAUCAGACAAAGCUUCAGGACUGUUUUGUAAAGUCAGGUGGGAUGAGUGCUGGGGUCCCGGGGCUCAGGUCUGGAAACCCAGGGUGAUGGCAACUCAAUAAAGCACUGCUUCUA